AAACUCUAAUGUACAUUUUACUGUAAACUACUGUUACUUAAAUUGUAAACUACAAUUUUUCCUACAGGUUCCUACUGUAGAGUAAUUUCAAACAUCCUUUAUCUGCUUUCAUUUAAGUCUGCCUGUAAAUUCUGCUUCCUCCAUGAGGUAUUGUAGAAUUUGGUCAUCGCUUCUCCUCUUUUAGGCCUCCUCUCAUCUCUCAUUGAUUGUGCAAACUACAAGCCCCUCAGAUUUAAAGCAAGAAGAGCGUCCUCUGUCUGGAUCAGUUGUGUGGUUUUAGUUUCGCUGAUCUUACAUUGACAGUCAACUACUCCUGCAGUAAAAUGGUGUCUGUGUUAAUGCCGUACAUCAGUGUCCUUCUGCUGCUUCAGUCCGGCCCACAACUACUGUAUGGAAAUGAAUCUCAAAACUGUGGACCUAAAGGAGAGAAGGGAGAUCGAGGAGUUCAGGGACCACCCGGCAAUGCAGGACCAACUGGACCACAAGGACACAAAGGAGACACAGGCUUUCCUGGCAAUCCUGGCUCUCCUGGCCCAAAAGGGCAACAAGGGAGUCCUGGAGGUGACGUCACAUCCCUACAAUCUCAGAUUCAUGAUCUUACUGCCAAGUUUGCCAUGAUGGAGAAAGCUGAAAGUUUUGUAGCAUUCAAAAAAGUCGGGCAGAAAUAUUUUGUUUAUGAUGGGAUUGAGAAAACAUUUGAUGAGGGGAUUCAAAUCUGCAAGGAAGUUGGUGGAACAAUUGCUUUAGCAAGAGAUGCUGUUGAAAAUCAAGCUUUACAUAAAGUAGUGAUAGCCAGUGGUUUAAGUAAAAAGCCAUUCAUUGGAGGCACAGACAGAGAUAAAGAGGGACAGUUUGUGGACAUUGAUGGUAAACCCUUGAUAUUUACCAACUGGGCUUCGGGUGAACCUGAUAAUUAUCAGGAAACACAACACUGUGGUGCUCUCAUAGUGGCGUCUGGACUUUGGGACGAUGUCACUUGUAAUGAGCGACGUCCUAUUUUGUGUGAAAUACAACAGGAAUAUAUAUAGAAAGU